GGGCGGGGCCGUGGCGGGCUCAGAUGGCGGCAGCGCUGGGCGCCUAGGCGGGCGGGGGCCAUGAGCGCCACCCGACCCCAGUUCAGUAUCGAUGAUGCCUUCGAGCUGACCCUGGAGGACGCAGGGCCUGGGCCUGAGUCCAGCGGGGUCGCCCGCUUCGGGCCGCUGCACUUCGAGCGCCGGGCCAGGUUCGAGGUGGCUGAUGAAGACAAGCAAUCCCGGCUGCGCUACCAGAACCUGGAAAAUGAUGAGGAUGGAGCCCAGGCCUCUCCAGAGCCCGAUGGGGGAGUCAGCACCAGGGAUUCUGGGCACACGUCCAUGCGUAGCUCUCAGUGGUCCUUCAGCACCAUCAGCAGCACCACCCAGCGCUCCUACAAUGCCUGCUGCAGCUGGACCCAACAUCCUUUGAUCCAGAAAAACAGACGGGUAGUUCUGGCCUCCUUUCUGCUCCUGCUGCUGGGGCUAGUGCUUAUCCUGGUCGGCGUGGGACUGGAGGUGGCCCCCUCUCCAGGUGUCUCCAGCGCCAUCUUCUUUGUGCCAGGCGCCCUGCUGUUAGUCCCCGGAGUCUACCACGUGAUCUUCAUCUACUGUGCUGUCAAGGGCCACCGGGGCUUCCAAUUCUUCUACCUGCCCUACUUUGAGAAGUGAGCUGCAGCCGGCCAAUGGGAUACCAGAGAUCCAAGGCCUCAGGCCACCUCCACGUGUCCACAGGGCGGACCUCCAACCUGCGCCCACUUCUGUCCCUUUCACCUGGAAAGAAAAGGCCCUCUGGGACCCUCAUGACCACCAGCCCUCUCUGGAUUUGCUCAGGAAGUUUGGGGUAUGCCAGCCUGGGGAUGUUGUGCCUUCACCUGAUGUGUGCCUUAGUUUAUUCCUGGGCCCUGGAAUCCUGGGUUGGUGUAAUUUUGUGCUAAUAAAAGUGUAAUUAUUCCCAGCAGGGACAGUCACUUUUCUGUCCCACAGGCCCGGCCCAGCCCACUAACAAGCACAGCUGUCUUCUACAAAGGUUUAGUAAAGGACUCAGCUGGGGCUGUGGAGGACCACCAACUUCUCCCGGCAUCUAGGACAACCUGGUGAUCUCAGCUGUACCCAAGGUCACCAUCUUGUCGGGGCAGAGCUGGAUGAAGAAGUGGUCCCAGCCUCCCCGCCUUCCACUAUGAGGAGAUUCAACUGUCUUCUCUGUGUAACAGACCAGCACCCGUCCUGGUGGCCUUAUCAAAGGGCUCUGAGAGAUGACGCAGGCCUGGAGUCUGGAGGCUGGUAUCCUGGUUCCAGCCGGGCUCUAGGGCCCUAGGCUGCCAGAGCCAUCUCUAAAUGUGGGUCGUGUGGGACAGGAGUGCUCCUCCACCCACUGCCCUACUUCCUAGGCCCAGAGAUUGGGAUCACAGCAGAGCAGAGGGUGGGGGGGGGGCACUUCUCAGCAGAGCAGACUUUAAGAGCCACCAAACAUUUGAAACACCAUCUUAGACUUUUGGAAAAUCUGGGCCUCUAAUAAUGUCUGAAACUUAAACAAAAACUAAAGAAACAAAAAACCCCAAACUGUAAGGAAACCUGAGUUCACGGUAGUUCUCAUGAAACAAGCUGUGCCAGACACUUCCCCAAA